AUGAAUCUUGACAGUGCACCACCCUCCGCGACCACCGUGAAUCGCCAUACGUGGCCUCGGCAGGUCGCGCCACCCCUAAACCCCCAUCACAGUCCAAACCUCCGCGAGCCACCAUCAUUCUCCUUUAUCAAAUCCACCAUCACUAAACCAGCUUCCAAGCCCACAUCCUUAGCUUUUCUCCUCAAAACUCGGUGGGUGGGUGGUGACCUCGGUUGCCUGCAGUCACUUCUUCCACUACACUCGGCAGUGCCAUCGGCGCGCCUCACUUCUUCUUGUCUAGGCAUCGAUAAGUAG